AUGACGGUGACCUACUCCCGCUGCGUGGCGGACGCGGGCCUCGGGACCUUCUCCCGUCUGCUGCUGCGCUGGAAGGGCAGCAUCUACAAGCUCCUGUACCGGGAGCUCAUCCUCUUCACCGUGCUCUACUGCUUCUUCAGCUGGCUGUACAGGUUCGUGUUGAACGAGCAGCAGAAAAGACAGUUUGAAAACCUAUCGAUGUACUGUGACCGCUAUGCUGAGCUCAUUCCUGUGUCCUUUGUGCUCGGGUUCUACGUCACCCUGGUUGUGUCUCGCUGGUGGGGUCAGUUCGAGAGCGUCCCCUGGCCCGACCGGCUGGCGGCGCUGGUGGGGGCCCACGUCCGCGGCGUGGACGAGAGCGCCCUCCUGACCCGGCGCACGCUGAUGCGCUACGCCAACCUGUCGGGCGCGCUCAUCUACCGCUCCGUCAGCACGGCCGUGUACAAGAGGUUCCCCACCAUGGAGCACCUGGUGCAGGCCGGCCUAAUGACCCAAGAGGAGUUGAGGCACCUCGAGGCCCUGCCCUCCCCUCACAACAAGUUCUGGGUCCCAUGCAUGUGGUUCGUGAACCUGGCCCUGCGUGCCCGCACUGAGGGUCGCAUCAACAAUGACGUGGCCCUGACCGCCAUCCUCGCAGAGUUGAACAGUUUGCGGACAAAGUGCAUGAAGCUGUACGGCUAUGACUGGAUCAGCCUGCCUCUGGUCUACACUCAGGUGGUGACCGUGGCUGUGUACAGCUUCUUCCUGGCUUGUCUGAUUGGUCGGCAGUUCUUGGACCCCGCCCAGGGCUACCCGGGUCACGACCAGGACUUCUAUCUGCCUGUCUUCACUCUGUUGCAGUUCUUCUUCUAUGUUGGCUGGCUGAAGGUGGCUGAGCAGCUCAUAAACCCCUUCGGCGAGGACGAUGACGACUUUGAAACCAACUGGCUAGUGGAUCGUAACUUGCAGGUGUCCUUACUGUCUGUGGAUGAGAUGUAUGACAGCCUGCCUGUGGUGGAGAGAGAUAAGUACUGGAACGAGUCCGAACCUCAGCCUCCGUACACCGCAGCCAGCGCUGAGCACCGCAAACCCUCCUUCAUGGGCUCGGCGCUCGAUAUCAGUAUGCCCAAGGAGGACAUGGAGUUCCAGCCCAACCUGGAGCAGAUCAAGGAGCACGAGGAGGCCAGCUACUCCACCCCACUGCUGGGGGGCCUGGGCCGGCUGCUGGGCGUCCAGUCGCCCAGCUUCCCCCGCUCCUCCAGGGUGCCCCUCCUCCGCCGUCGCCCGGGGGCCCCGCUGAGCCGCAUCCCGCCGUACCUGCACCCCGCGGGGGGGGCCCGAAACCACGGCCGCCACGCCGCCCACCCGGACCAGGACCCUGACUACCACUUCUCCUCCAUGCCCCUGUACGAGAGGCCGGGUUUCUACAGCUGUCCGCAGACCCCCAUCCACUGCGUGCCCCCCGCCGUGCAGCGGCCGCGGCCCCCGCGCAGAACGCCGGGGGACUGGGAGCGCAGCUGCAGCUCGCUGGUCCCCCCAGUCACGCCCACCACCCUGCCCCCCCCGCCCUCCUCGGCCUUCCCCUGGCUGACGGCCGACGGCGAGGUGCCCACGGCCCCGGCCUUCUCCUUCCCCGACCCGGCGCCGGUGCUCUGGCCCAUCUCUAAACUCAGACCGGGACAGGGCCUGCUGUCCCGACGCCCGCUGCCCCCUCACCUCACCCUGGACACCCCGCACCCGGCCGACAGCCAGCCCGGGACACCCAGCGGGUGGGCCACGGGCAGUCCGGGGGAGCGGGGGUUGAACGUCCCCCCUCGUAACGCUACAGGGAACGCCAGUAAUCCCAGCAACAGCUCAACCAGCCUGGUCACACCCAGCCACCUGAGCACGAACGCUGCUGCCAACCUCUGCCCCGGGACGACCCACGGCACCCUGGGUAGCCACGGUAACUUCAACAGCAGCCUACGAGAAGGUAACGGGGCGAGCAACGGAGGGCUGAGCAACACAACGAACACUGUUUCCCCUUCAGGGUCGUCUCUGCAAGUAGCGAAUCCACGGCACUCACCCAACGAUUCAGGGAUCUCAUUGGCUGAAGGUGACCUGCUGGGCGCUCUCCUGGAGAGUCAGAAGAGCAGAGCUUCUGGACCGAGGGAACAGGACUAAGGCAGGUCACCUUCCGCAUGGUUUUUCAAGACGGCAAUUACAUUAGAUAGGUAAUGAUUGAAAUAAGUGUUAACUG